ACCUCGUUGUUGCAACAACAGCAAAUCGAAGUGGGCUCACACAAAACCAUCUUUUUCAUCUUCAGAAGAUGCAUUUUGAACAUUAAAGCUGGCAAAUUGGAAGCAAUUGCAAGCCGUACGCCCGCGACCAUACUGACUAACUAGAGCCCAAAAAGACAACAUGAUCGGCACUGGGAUCCUUCCCCGUUGUCUACUUCAAGGCCGACGGUCUAUAGUUUCCAGGGCAUCGAGACGAAAUUUUGCAUCAGCAAAAGCACAAGAGCGAUUCCAAGGUGUCUAUCCAAUAGUGGUUACUCCCUUUCACGACGAUGAAUCCCUUGAUUUGGAUAGCUUUCGUCGAUCCAUUGCCUUUUUCAGACGGAUGUGUCAAGGCGUGACCAUCACCGGGGUCCUCGGCGAGUCCAAUCGCAUGACAGAUGACGAACGCGCCACGCUCAUUCAGGUAGCCAAGGAAACCAUUGAUGCAACAGAAGCAGAUGAUAAUACGAACUUUACCCUGUGCGUGGGAACCUCUCAUUCUGGAACGGCUGCCACGGUGGCCCUCAGUCAAAUGGCGCAAGAACUGGGGGCGGAUGCCGUCAUGGUAGCACCCAGUAAGGAUUUGACGGCUCCUCCGCCAUUGGAACGCGAUAUUCUAGAACUCUACCACCGUGUCGCAUCAGAUGCUUGCUCCGAUGGUAUGGAUAUCGUCCUGCAAGAUCAUCCGUCUUCUACCGGUGUACACAUGUCGUUAGAAUUGAUGGCCAACAUUGUGGAGGAGGUUCCUUCGGUCCGAUGCAUCAAAUUGGAAUCCUUGCCUACUGUCAGCCGUUUGGCAGGGCUACGGGACAAUCAUCCGGUAGUACUAGAGCAAUGCCGUAUUCUCACUGGACUGGGUGCCUUGUAUGCGGGUUAUGACAUGGAACAGGGUGUCACGUCGGGGUUCAUGACUGGUUUUGCCUUUCCCGAAAUCCUCUUGGCAAUGUACAGCUAUCAUGCCCAACAACAAGAAGGCAAGGCACAAGAGCUCUAUCGCAAGUUCUUGCCAUUGAUCGUGUUGGAACAACAACCCGCGGGUGGAUUGGCCAUUCGCAAGGAAAUCUACAGACAACGAGGUUUGAUUUCAUCCUCUCAUGUUCGACAUCCGGGCAAGAAUAUAUCGGAUGUAAUGCAAACCACACUGCAAGAAGAAUUGAAGCGGUCCUUUGGAGAGUUAGACAUUACACAACCACUGCUACUGGAGGAUAUCUGGAACCUGUAGGAUGCUUUGCAAUGGUACCGGUGCAGAUCGCCGAACCAAGAUUAUAAAUCCGCCUUUGACCCGGACAAUGGGGAUGCCACUCCGCACAGCGCGGAUUUAACAAAUCAGGACAAAACCUUGGUCGUAGCAAGUCAUGGCGCAUUUAGCACUGCUCGUUCAUACCGGUAGAAUGGGAGU